GACUCCAGGCCCCCAAAAUGGCGAGUGAAGCUGCGAGGAUGCGCUGAGCCGCGGAGUUGAGCCGUGCAGAGCCUCCGCGGCCCUCACAGACGGGAGCCCGGCGGGCCCUGCCGCCAGGAACAUGCACUUUUCCAUCCCUGAGACCGAGUCCCGCAGCGGGGACAGCGGCGGCUCCCCCUACGUGGCCUACAACAUUCACGUGAAUGGAGUCCUGCACUGUCGGGUGCGCUACAGCCAGCUCCUGGGUCUGCACGAGCAGCUCCGGAAGGAGUAUGGGGCCAAUGUGCUUCCUGCAUUCCCCCCAAAGAAACUUUUCUCUCUGACACCUGCUGAGGUAGAACAGAGGAGGGAGCAGUUAGAGAAGUACAUGCAAGCAGUUCGGCAAGACCCAUUGCUUGGGAGCAGUGAGACCUUCAAUAGUUUCCUGCGUCGAGCACAACAGGAGACACAGCAAGUCCCCACAGAAGAGGUCUCCUUGGAAGUGUUGCUCAGCAAUGGACAAAAAGUUCUGGUCAAUGUGCUGACUUCAGAUCAAACGGAGGAUGUCCUAGAGGCUGUGGCUGCAAAGCUGGAUCUUCCAGAUGACUUGAUUGGAUACUUUAGUCUCUUUCUAGUUCGAGAAAAAGAGGAUGGCGCCUUUUCUUUUGUGCGGAAGUUGCAAGAGUUUGAGCUGCCUUAUGUGUCUGUUACUAGUCUACGGAGUCAAGAGUAUAAGAUUGUGCUCAGGAAAAGUUAUUGGGACUCUGCCUAUGAUGAUGAUGUCAUGGAGAACCGGGUUGGCCUGAACCUGCUUUAUGCUCAGACAGUAUCAGAUAUUGAGCGUGGGUGGAUCCUGGUCACCAAGGAGCAGCACCGGCAGCUCAAGUCUCUGCAAGAAAAGGUCUCCAAGAAGGAGUUCCUGAGGUUGGCCCAGACGCUGCGGCACUAUGGCUACCUGCGCUUUGAUGCCUGUGUGGCUGACUUCCCAGAAAAGGACUGUCCUGUGGUGGUGAGCGCUGGCAACAGUGAGCUCAGCCUCCAGCUCCGCUUACCUGGCCAGCAACUCCGUGAAGGCUCCUUCCGGGUCACCCGAAUGCGGUGCUGGCGGGUUACCUCGUCUGUGCCUCUGCCCAGCGGAGGCACGAGCAGCCCUGGCCGGGGACGGGGCGAGGUGCGCCUGGAACUAGCUUUCGAAUACCUCAUGAGCAAGGACCGACUACAGUGGGUCACCAUCACCAGCCCCCAGGCUAUCAUGAUGAGCAUUUGCUUACAGUCCAUGGUAGAUGAACUGAUGGUGAAGAAAUCUGGUGGCAGCAUCAGGAAGAUGCUGCGCCGGCGGUUGGGGGGCACCCUGAGGCGUUCAGACAGUCAGCAAGCAGUAAAGUCCCCACCACUGCUUGAGUCACCUGAUGCCAGCCGAGAGUCCAUGGCCAAACUCUCAAGCAAGCUGAGUGCCGUGAGCUUGCGGGGAAUUGGCAGUCCCAGCACAGAUGCCAGUGCCAGUGACGUCCACGGCAACUUCGCCUUCGAGGGCAUUGGGGAUGAGGAUCUGUAAUCUCCACUGCCCUCCGCUCCAGAGGAUAGACAGAAACUGGCCCUGUGCCUGUGUCCCUCCAUGCUGGGGGUCUCUUUCCUCUUACCUUUCUCUCACCAGGGGUAGGGGCUUCCUAACCCACCUUCCCUUCCCCCUGGGCUGGCUGCACAAAGCAUUGUCCCUUUCUCUUUCCCAGGCUGGCCUCAACGCCAAAUUAGCAUUUAGUAUUUUGCACAACGUCAGAGGGACCAUGGCUACCUGCCUUGGGGUGCAACCACCGCUCUCCCCUGGCUGCUUCUGGCUUCUCAAGGCCAUGAGCCAAGGGGAUGGGCAGAGGUCUGUGUAUGGUCUGGCCCAGUUCCCCAUCAUUAAAUACAACCUGAUUACUGCCUA